CAAAAACAUUUCAUUCAUUCAAUUCCCAAACCAAACAAGUAAAAACACACAGAGAGAAACAAAAUUCGAUUGUUAAGAGAGCUAGAGAGAUUUUCUCACAAUGGAUCCGUCGGAGUAUUUCGCCGGCGGUAAUCCUUCCGAUCAACAGAACCAAAAACGGCAGCUUCAGAUCUGUGGUCCUCGUCCUUCACCUCUCAGCGUCCACAAAGACUCUCACAAGAUCAAGAAACCUCCUAAGCACCCUGCGCCGCCGCCGCAACAUCAUCAUCGCGACCAAGCUCCGCCGUAUGCUGCUCGAGAGCCGGUGGUUAUCUACGCCGUCUCGCCGAAGGUCGUACACACCACAGCCUCCGAUUUCAUGAACGUCGUCCAGCGUCUCACCGGGAUUUCUUCUGGUGUUUUCCUCGAAUCCGGAAGCGGCGGAGAUGUGUCACCGGCGGCGAGACUUGCCGCGACGGAGAAUGCUAGUCCGAGAGGAGGGAAGGAACCGGCGGCGAAAGAUGAGACGGUGGAAAUCGCGACGGCGAUGGAAGAGGCAGCUGAAUUCGGUGGUUAUGCGCCGGGAAUACUCUCGCCGUCUCCGGCUAUGUUGCCGACAGCUUCUGCCGGGAUAUUCUCGCCGAUGAUUCAUCAAGGUGGGAUGUUUUCGCCGGCGAUACCGCCGGGAUUGUUUUCGCCGGCGGGAUUAAUGAGCCCGUUUGUAAUGUACAGUCCUGGUUAUGCUAGUUUGGCUGCUUCUCCAACUUUUGCUGAAGUCUUUAAUCAUAUUUGGGAUCUUUAGAAGAAGAAAAGGUUUAGACUUUUCAUUUUGCUCUGUAAUUUUAUUCAUUUUUAGACAUAUAUCCCAAAAAAUAGCCCAAAGGGUUCAAAAUGA